GGCUCCUCACCCAGCAUAGAGCGCAAUGCAGGACUCAAUCUCAUGACCCUGAGAUCACCACCUGAGAUGAAAUCAAGAGUCCAGUACUUAACCAACUGAGCCACCCAGGCGCCCCUCACUUUUUAAAUUCUAUAAACCAUAGGUUCUCCUCAGCUCUUGCAAUGUUGUUGAAGAAGCCAUCGUUUGUAGUUUCCCCAUCAAUUCCUCUUCCAGGGGCACUUAACCAGGACGCUUAACGAAGCGUCUGCCUUUGGCCCAGGUCAUGAUCCCAGGGUCCUGAGAUGGAGCCCCACAUCGCAUCUGGCUCCCUGGUCGUCGGGAAGCCUGCUUCUCCCUCUCCCACUCCCCCUGCUUGUGUUCCCUCUCUCUCUCUCUCAAAUAAAUAAAUAUUUUAAAAAAUUCCUCUUCCAUCUAUUGCCUAUAAAGUGGUUGUUAGAUCUAGUAGCUUAGCUUUUUAAACUUUUUUUUAAAGUUUUUUUUUAAGUAAUUUCUACACCCAAGGAGGGGCCAAACUCAGGACCCUGAGAUCAAGAGUUGCAUGCUCCUCUGAGCCAGUCAGGUGCCCCAAGCUUUUUAAACUUUAAAUAGUUGGAUUAUCUUUCUAGAUGGCAAAAGGAUAAUGGAUCUUAGGUGAAAAUCUUCAGGUUGUCAGAAUAUUCAUGUUAAAUAUAAAGCAGUAGCAUCAUUUGGGGGAACUUCCUAACUUCUAGAGGGAAUCAGUGAAAGUAGCUUUAUACACUCAUUUACUGAGCUUCCUGGUGCAGAGAAGCCUGUUUUGGGUGUGUAGGUAGGGAAUAAAUACUGAUGAAUUUGCACUGGUCGAUCUCGUUUUCUUGCCCUUUGGCGGUUAAGUGAGCUUGUGCCUUGGGGUGACGUUUGGACUGAGUGAGCACAAUUUGCACAGGUCCACUGACCUGUCAGAGGUGAGAGAACUGAGGCUGGCCGCCCGGCUAAUACAACAAGCCCGUAGGCCCUGGGGACCAGAACAAAACCCGUGGGCCGCCCAGAACUGUGCAGGAGGCUUCUGAGAGGCCAGGGACCGACCAUGAGUCAGCAGAGCUCUCGGUGGUCUCCAAAAUGGACCCGGCUGGGCGCGCUGAGACAGGCGCGCCUCAAGGGAACCCAGAGAUCUAGCGAGGCCCGUGUGCUUUAUCAACUUCCUGUCUCUUGGGAGGUUCCCAGCCGCGGGACCACGGCCGUCUCGUGCACGCCGCCGCCGCCGCCGCCGCCGCCUUUCGGAGCGCCACCUCCCAAAAGGCAGCGAGAAUCGCACAUGUGGCUAGUUUUUCCGCGGAAACGGCGUUGCGCAAGCGCAGAGAGCAGCUCGAGCGUAGGCUCUGAGCGGCGCUUGCGCACGAUUCCUCCAGCCCCGUUCACCCGGUCCACCGGGUUCCGGGCACUCCGCGCCUUUCUUACAUCACCACUACGCAUGCGCCUUGGAAGGAGGGGCGAGCUUUUGGGAGACCGGCAGGAGGCGCGUCUUGGCUGCCGCCUAACGGCGCCUGCGCGGACGGGAGCCCGACUGGAACAUGGCGACUUGCGCUGAGAUCCUGCGGAGCGAGUUCCCCGAAAUUGACGGACAGGUCUUCGACUACGUGACGGGCGUCUUGCACAGCGGCAGCGCGGACUUCGAGUCUGUGGAUGACCUGGUGGAAGCGGUGGGGGAACUGUUGCAGGAGGUGUCCGGGGACAGCAAGGAUGACGCGGGCAUCAGGGCUGUGUGCCAGCGCAUGUACAACACUCUGCGCCUGGAUGAGCCACAGACCCAGGGAAACAGCCAGGUGCUACUAGACGCCCCCAUCCAGUUGUCAAAGAUAACAGAAAACUACGACUGUGGCACCAAACUUCCAGGACUGCUAAAGAGGGAACAGUCCUCGACAGUGAAUGCAAAGAAGCUAGAGAAGGCUGAGGCUCGACUGAAGGCAAAGCAGGAGAAGCGCUCAGAGAAGGACAUACUCAAGACCAGCACUCCUCUGGUCUUGGAAGAGGCAUCAGCCAGCCAGGCAGGCAGCAGAAAAGAGAGUCGGUUGGAAUCAUCUGGCAAGAACAAAUCAUAUGAUGUGCGAAUUGAGAACUUUGAUGUGUCUUUUGGUGAUAGGGUACUACUGGCUGGAGCAGAUGUGAACCUGGCGUGGGGCCGCCGCUAUGGGCUGGUGGGUCGAAAUGGGCUGGGGAAGACGACACUCCUGAAGAUGUUGGCCACUCGGAGCCUGCGAGUUCCAGCCCACAUUUCCCUGCUGCACGUGGAGCAGGAGGUUGCUGGAGAUGACACCCCUGCCCUGCAGAGUGUGCUAGAGAGUGACACCAUGAGAGAGGACCUUCUGCAGAGGGAGCGGAAGCUCAGUGCCCAGAUUGCCACUGGCAGGGCUGAGGGCUCAGAAGCUGCACAGCUGGCGGAAAUAUAUGCCAAACUGGAGGAGAUUGAGGCUGACAAGGCACCUGCCAGGGCAUCAGUCAUUCUUGCUGGGCUUGGCUUUACCCCUAAAAUGCAGCAGCAGCCCACCCGGGAGUUCUCAGGUGGCUGGAGGAUGAGGCUGGCCCUGGCCCGGGCUCUGUUUGCUAGGCCAGAUCUUCUGCUGCUAGAUGAACCCACAAACAUGCUGGAUGUAAGGGCCAUCCUGUGGCUGGAGAAUUACCUGCAAACAUGGCCCUCUACAAUCCUGGUCGUCUCCCACGACCGCAACUUCCUGAAUGCCAUAGCCACAGACAUCAUCCACCUGCACAGCCAGCGACUAGAUGGCUACCGGGGAGACUUUGAGACCUUCAUCAAGAGCAAGCAGGAGCGGCUGCUCAAUCAGCAGCGGGAGUACGAGGCACAGCAGCAGUACCGCCAGCAUAUCCAGGUUUUCAUUGACCGAUUUCGCUACAAUGCCAACAGAGCCUCUCAAGUGCAGAGUAAACUUAAGAUGCUGGAGAAGCUGCCAGAGCUGAAACCUGUGGACAAGGAGUUGGAGGUGGUGAUGAAGUUCCCUGAUGGAUUUGAGAAGUUCUCACCGCCAAUUCUGCAACUAGAUGAGGUGGAUUUCUACUAUGAUCCUAAGCACAUCAUCUUCAGCCGUCUCUCCGUCUCUGCUGAUCUCGAGUCCCGCAUUUGUGUGGUUGGGGAGAACGGGGCUGGGAAGUCGACCAUGCUGAAGCUGCUUAUGGGGGACCUGGCACCUGUUCGGGGCAUCAGACAUGCUCACAGGAAUCUGAAGAUCGGCUACUUCAGCCAGCACCACGUGGAGCAGCUGGACCUGAGUGUCAGUGCUGUGGAACUGCUGGCCCGCAAGUUUCCCGGGCGGCCUGAGGAGGAGUACCGUCACCAGCUGGGCCGGUAUGGCGUCUCUGGAGAACUGGCCAUGCGCCCUGUUGCCAGCUUGUCUGGAGGCCAGAAGAGCCGGGUAGCCUUUGCUCAGAUGACCAUGCCCUGCCCCAACUUCUACAUUCUGGAUGAACCCACAAACCACCUGGAUAUGGAGACGAUUGAGGCUCUGGGCCGUGCUCUCAAUAAUUUCAGGGGCGGUGUGAUUUUGGUGUCCCACGAUGAGCGCUUCAUCCGGUUGGUGUGCCGGGAGUUGUGGGUGUGCGAAGGCGGCGGCGUCACCCGGGUCGAGGGCGGGUUUGACCAGUACCGCGCCCUUCUCCAGGAACAGUUCCGCCGUGAGGGCUUCCUCUAGGGCCACAGGCUGAGGACUGUGCCCAGGACGUGGACUGGUCUCUCAGACCCCUGGGCCACCAUGUAGGCAACCAUCUCCAGGCCACGGACUUCCCCCGACUUUGGGGACAGCCUUAUCUCCGAAUCUCCUUUUGACUGGAGCAUCCUCUGCACAACCCAGGGAGCCGCAUCUAAGUGUCUGUGAGGACUGGUCUUCAAGGGAAGGGGUGGGAGGUGCCCUCUGGCUAUAGAUCCCCCCACUGCCCUGGCUCUGACUGGGCCCCAAGUGGCUGCUGUGUAAAUUAAAUCUCCCCCUGCA